AUGGAGGGAAUAUUUGUCUGCCGACCUAAGCACUUGACUCUUCAAGGAGCGAAAAAUGAACGAAGAGGAGAUGGACCAACAUUGAAUCGUCUUGGUUUCCUUGCUUCUCCAAGACACAUGGGCGCUGCCACACCAAAAGCAAACACUCCAUCAAACGCCGCAAGAACGCCUACAAUGGGCAUGCUUGGUGGACAAGGAAAUUCCCGGGUCAGACGUGAUGCUGCAAUUAUCGGCAAGAGCGUCCGGAUCACUCAAGGUCCGCUCAAAGGAUAUCACGGUAUUGUCAAGGAUGCAACAGAACAAACUGCUCGAGUUGAACUCCACACAACAUGCAAGACGAUUUCGGUUGAUCGCUCACGUAUCCAAGUUGUUGGGGAUGGGACCCCCGGUGGUGCUCCUCGUGGUAUCAGCGAGUACAUGCGAACACCAGCUGGUCCUACUGCUGGUUUUGGCAAAACUCCCGCAUAUGCAGGAAGCAAAACUCCUAUGUACGGAGCUCAAACUCCCGCAGCAGGUGAUGGUGGCCGCACUCCACAUUACGGAGCUCAAACUCCCGCUUACGGAGAUGGUGGCCGUACUCCAGGAUAUGAAGGUGGACGUACUCCAGCUUAUGAUAUUGGUGGCCGUACUCCGCAUUACGGGGGAGAGGCAGCGCGCACACCGGCAUAUGAAAGUGGAAGCAGAACACCUGGAUAUGAAUCAACGGGUGGACGGACACCAGCCUACGGAGGGCAAACACCAGCUCGUAGCGAUCGGCAUAGUAGUGAAUCUCCUGAUUCAUCUGAAGACGAAGAGCAACACGAGCCUCGCGAAAUGGAGUAUGAAUCCCCAGCCUCGCCCAUGUACUCCGCACCAACUCCUGGAAGCAUGAACCCAUUGACGCCGGCAACUUACGAUGCUCCGGCAAGCAAUUACAAUUACACCACACCGAUGUCGCCAAGCAACUAUUAUUCGGCUCCAACUCCAUACUCAAGCAACGAUUACGACAAUGCAAUUCCACAAAAUUACUUGGACGGCGGCGAGUGGCUCGAAGAAGGUCUUGUCGUGCAAAUUAAGAAUUCCCAUGAAGAUGAAGAUGUUCGUGGAAUGAAUGGAGUUGUUAAUAGUGUUCACGAGGAGUAUUGUAUUCUUUGGUUGUCUGAUAUUGAGAGAAAGUACGCGCCUACUACGAACAACUUAACCCAAUUCGCCCACAACAAGGAGAACAGACGCGAAUUAUUUAUGGUGAAGAAGCUGGUUGUAAAGGUCGCUGAAGAUGAUGUGCGUCUCGUCAACUGGAUGAGUUUCCUUCGGUUGAUGAUCGAUUUUUGUCGAGAGAAUCUCCUUCUCACGAUGACCAUUAUAUCCGUGAUUCUUGGUGUCUCUCUUGGAUUCGGUCUUCGUCCAUUAAAUCUCUCCCCGGAAACACUGCAAUUAAUCAAUUUUCCCGGCGAAAUCUUCAUGCAGGUGUUGAAAAUGAUGAUUUUACCACUGAUUUUCUCGUCACUUGUUUCAGCUCUUGCUCAAAUGGAUGCCAAAGAAUCGGGGCAAAUGGGUCUAUGCACUGUACUUUACUACAUAACAACGACAAUAUUGGCCACAAUGCUGGGCAUCAUGUUGGUGGUGACGAUUCACCCGGGAGAUCCGUCUGUUAAAGUCGGUCUCAUUCCUGAGGCUCCAACUGAUGCUGAUGUCUCUCCAUUAGACACUUUUCUCGAUCUUGUUCGAAACAUGUUCCCUGAAAAUAUUCUCCAGGCCUCGUUUGAGCGAGUACAGACUGAAUAUCAGAUGAUAAAACCGGUUCGUCGGAAAAACUCCACGGAUACUUCGUUUGUGUUGCGGAAACGUCUGGUGACCUCAAGUGGGAUGAAUAUUCUGGGAAUUAUCGUUUUUUGCACGGGAUUUGGUAUCGUUAUCUCACAGUUGGGAGAAAAAGCGCGAAUUGUUGUUGAUUUUUUUGUGAUUCUUGAUGCGGUGAUUAUGAAAUGGGUCGAGACAUUGAUGGUAUUUGCCCCGUUGGGAAUCACGUGUCUAAUCUGCGGGAACCUCUUGGAAUUGGAUGACCUCAGUGACACGGCUGCGGUAUUGGCCAUGUAUGUGGUUUGUGUGAUGGCGGGUUUUGUGAUACACACCGUUUUCGUGAUGCCAUGCGUGUAUUUCUUGGUCACAAGAAAGAAUCCCCUUCACAUAGUUAGCGGAAUGUUACAAGCAAUCGUCACCGCUUUUGGGACAGCUAGCGGUGGUGCCACACUGCCGAUGUCGAUGCAAUGUCUUGAAGACAAUUGUGGAAUCGAUCGACGGAUCACUCGUUUCGUGUUGCCACUUGGGAGCACAAUCAAUAUGGAUGGAAAUGCCUUGUACGAGGCAGUGGCCGUCGUCUUCAUCGCACAACUCAACAAUGUCGAAUUGUCCUUUGUCGAGGUGAUCACUGUGAGUAUAACCGCAACGGUUGCCUCGAUCGGCUUGGGAUCUGUGCCUGCUGGUUUGGUCUCAAUUCUGCUCAUUCUUAACACUGUCGGUUUACCGAUUAAAGAUGUCUCGUUGAUCAUCACUGUCGAUUGGUUACUAGAUCGAGUGAGAACGGCGGUUAAUGUGAUCGGCGAUGGUUUCGCGUCGGGAGCGGUGGCUCAUUUGCUGCAGAGAAGGCUUGAAGCUGCUGAUGCAAGACAUGACUAUAAAGCUGAGAUAAAAGAAGACAUCGAGCUCUUGAAAUCGGCAGCGAACAGCGAGAAUCCGAGUCGACGUCCAAGUGCCUGGAGUGAGCUCUCGAAUACCGCGUAUUUCCCGGCGAAAUCCUCAUUCUCGGGUCUUCCGAGCCGCUCCGUUUCUCGCCGUCCAUCAACAAUGGGACAACUCUCGUGGAGACAUCCACUCCUCGACACACUCUAUCCACAACAACAAACUCUACAAAAUGUC